ACAUGUUUGUCUGAGGAGCUGUGCGAGUGAAGGGGGAAAUGGGAAGCACCUACUUUGUAUCUUUUUUGUGGGCGUGUUCAGGGCAGUGCAUGUCUGUCACCUGUCUUACUGUGUGGUGAGACCUUUUUUAAUUCAGUCUGUGGGUGAGACACUCGUGAGACACCUGACUGCUCACGGCAGCUCCUCAGUCCUUUACAAAGAUGCAGAGGUGGGUUGUGUUCUGCUGGGCUCUCCUCGCCCUGGUUGCUGCUGAAGAGUGUCCAGAUGGAGGGAGAUGUGCAGAAGGUCAAACCUGCUGCAACGACCCGACAAAUGGGUACGAAUGCUGCCCAUUGGAGCAGGCUGAGUGCUGUGGGGAUCACACACAUUGCUGUCCUGCAGGCACAAUCUGCAAUUCAGCCGAAUCCAGCUGUGUGAACACCACAAUGUCCAUCCCCUGGGUGGAAAGAGCUUCCGCUGAUCCACCUAGACUCUCCAAAUCCUUUAGGAUGAUCAAGACGUACAUGAGGGAGGAAGAUGACAACAUCUGUCCCGAUCAAUCACGAUGCCCUUCCGAGUUUUCCUGCCUGAAGGCCUUGACGAGGUUUGGCUGCUGUCCCCUAGCUCAGGGAGUCCCCUGCUCUGAUGGAAAACACUGCUGUCCAGAGAGCCACCAGUGCAGUGGAGACAGUAGUUCCUGCAUCGGAAAAGAUCUUGUGACUAUUGUUUUGUGCAACGAUGGAGUGUCAGAGUGUCCAGAUCAAACCACCUGCUGUGAAGGCCCAGAAGGCACAUGGGGAUGCUGCCCAAUGCCAAAGGCCGUUUGCUGUGAGGACAAGGUGCACUGCUGCCCUGAAGCGUGCACAUGUGAUAUCCAAAACUCCAAAUGUAUUUCCUCAUCCACCAAAAAAGAGAUGGCAAUGUGGGCCAAACUCCCAGCCAGGAUCAGAGCAGAGUGGGAGAACAAGAAAGAGGCCGAAGAAGUGACUGCCGGAGAAGCUAAUGAUGGUGCAGCAGAAAAAUCCCCCAAGGUCACCACAGCAAUUACAGUUCCCCCUUCAGAGGAGGAAGCAUCUGUGUCAUCUGUCACCAAAGGGGUUGGAGGUAACGACGUCCAGUGCAAUGAUACAGUAGCCUGUUUGGACGGGUCAACAUGCUGUCGAGACAAAGACCAUGAGUGGGCUUGCUGUCCUCUACCAGAGGCUGUUUGCUGUGAAGAUUUCAUACACUGCUGCCCAAAAGGUCAAAAGUGUAAUCUAACCACCCAGACCUGCAGUGACAACACAUGCUCGAUACCCCUGGUCAAGAAGAUGCCGGCGUUCCCCAGACAGCGUGCACCAGUGGGGGAUGUUAUAUGUGACUCCACCACCAGUUGUCCAGGUGGCAACACAUGUUGUAAAAACAAUUCGGGCGGCUGGGCUUGCUGUCCUCUGCCAGAGGCUGUUUGCUGUCAAGAUCUUGAACACUGCUGCCCAAAAGGUAAGCAGUGCAACCUGGCGGCCCAGUCCUGCGACGAUGUCACACGCUCCGUGCCGUGGCUCGAGAAGGUUGCUGCCCUCCCCAGGCAGGACGCACAGGUGGGGGAUGUUGCAUGCAACACCACCGCUGCUUGUCAAGACGGCGAAACAUGUUGUAAAACCAAAGAUGGUGGCUGGUCGUGCUGUCCUCUACCUCAGGCGGUCUGCUGUGACGACCACGUGCACUGUUGUCCCAAUGGCUCCACCUGUGACCUUGCCACCCUCACCUGUGACAGCACCGCCGGCUCGACGCCCAUGAAUCAGAAGAUGCCUGCAUUUGCGACCCCUGCUCCCACUACAGCAGCCACUACAGCAUCAAGUCAGGUACCAAGCUCAACGCAAACAGAGGCGGAAGAACCUGAGGAGGAACCUGAGGAGGUACCUGAGGAGGAACCUGAGGAGGUACCUGAGGAGGACGAGAUCCCGACAGCACAAGAGGAGGAGGAUGAAGACGUGAAGAGCAGAAUUAAGUGUGAUGACCAAAUCAGCUGCCCUCCGCACACGACCUGCUGCCUCAUAGGCGAGUCGCAUCAGUGGGGCUGCUGCCCACUGCCAGAGGCGGUGUGCUGCAUUGGUGGGGAACACUGUUGCCCGGCCGACUACAAGUGUGAUGAGAGUGGGACACACUGCGUCAAAGGAGAGCUGGUGAUCCCAUCGUACACCAAGCUCGCAGCCACCACCACCAGCAGCGUCCAGGCUGAUUCUAGCUCUGUGCAGUGCGACGCUCUGAAUCUGUGCCCUGAACGCACCACCUGCUGUCAGCUCGUCACGGGCGAGUGGGGCUGCUGCCCACUGCAAAAUGCUGUGUGCUGCCCAGAUAAGGAGCACUGCUGCCCACAGGGCUACAGCUGCAACACGGGCUCCACGUCCUGUCACAAGCUCAUCAUGCUGCAGCUGGAGACCGUCCCGCUGACGCCGGUCUACCUGCCUGAGCGUCGACCCCGGCCCAGUCCUGUAAAGCAGACAGACGUGCACUGUGAUGAUCAGACCAGAUGCAUGGAAGGAAUGACCUGCUGCAGGAUGUCCACCACGACAUGGGGCUGCUGUCAAUUUCCUAAUGCGGUGUGCUGCAGCGACAUGACCCACUGCUGUCCCAGCAGCUGCACGUGCAAUGAAGCCGGCGUCUGCAACCAUAACACCAGGCUUAACUGGCACAACUGGCACAGCUGGCACAUGUUCCUGUCCAACAAGAAGAGAGCCCUGAUUGUGUGAAACGUCAUGUACAGGGAGCACUAAAUGAAGAUAAUGGGAAGGGUUAUUUGAGUGAUAUUACAAAUUGUUUUCUUAGAGAGUGGUGAAUAGAACUCAAGAGUUUGAUGUUUCUAUCUACAAGUGUCUGUUGCAGGUCUGACUUUGUUGACAAGUCAUUAAAAACAGUAAAAAGAAAAAACUGAAACUUUUCUCUAACUGAAUAUUCUUUCAAUAGUCACUGAUUAGGCAUAAUUAUGUGGCACCUUGUACAAAUAAAAGCUUCUUUGAGAUUCCA